AUGUCUUAACAAAGAGAGAACUGUCAUUGAAAACUAAGAAACAUAAACAAAUCGUCCCUUGAAAGAAGUAGAAUACUUAUUGAAAUUUACUUUAAAAUUAACUGAAGCUUUCCUUAAAGCUAUUGAAAUAAUCUUUAAUUAAAAAAAAGUUUGAAUGUUUUAAAUACAGUGUCCAGAACUCGUGAUAAAAGUGCAGAAUAUGUUAGAGAAUAAUCUGGAUGUGUUUGGGCUGAAGGAGAGAAUUUUUUUGGUGAAGCACUUCUACCAAAACUACGGUAAUUGUGUUACUGUAAAACAGGACUUUGAGAUUUACUACGGAUCUUCCCUGGAACAAGGAAUUCCUACAAUAGAGAAUAUUGUAGAGGUCAUUGAGUUAUUUGAGGAAACUGGAUGCGUCUUCAAAAAUGUUGUAAAUCCAGAAACUGUCUUUCAAGUGACUGAGUUAGCUAAUAAUGUAAAUAUAGAUAAAGUAAUUGUUAAUAGACAGAAUAAUGAGAAUGACGUCGGUGUGGAAAAUAUAAAAGAUGAGAUAGAGUUUGCGAAUGUAAAAAUUGAGCCUCCGGAAAUUGAUGAGAUGGAGAAUGCAAUUCUUCCAGAAGAAAUCCAGAACUCCCAAAGAGAGAUUGUUAUCGUAAAAAAAGAGGAGCCUAUUGUUAUACGAAAAUGUCCUAAAUGCUGGGAAAAUUAUGAGGAGUACUCUCAACAUCAAUGUCGUUUGUUAACCUGCUGUUUCUGCGGGGAAAAAUUCCCUAAAAAAAUCUUAAAGAAGCACAUGAGGAAAGUGCAUAAUAUUAAUAACCGUAAGACAAUGUGUCGAGUUUGUGGGAAGGUUCUAAGUUCAGAAAAGAGUAGAAAUGUCCACGAACAAACCCAUUCAAUGGAAAAGCCUUAUAUCUGCACAUUUGAAGGAUGUGACAAAGCAUUUUCCAUCCAAUACUACCUCAGUCGACACCAAAGAAUCCACAAGAAUGAGAAGAAGUACAAAUGUGAGAUGUGCGAGAGGACUUUUCGUUUCUCCAGUACCCUUUACAAUCAUACGUGGCAGUAUCACAAUUGCACGGAAUGUGAUAGUAAAUUCACAGAGCAUAGCGAUCUGCUGGAGCACCAAAAAAUGCAUGAUGCAGCUCCCGGAAAUUUCCUGGAUAAACCACCGUCAAAAGGGAAGUCUAGGAGAUGCAAGACCUGUGGGAAACUUUUCGCCUCGAGGUCUUACUUGAAGACUCACAUGCUGACCCAUUCUGGCAUUCGGUUGAACAAAUGUUUAUACUGUGAACGUUCUUUCAGAGAUAAGCACGUUAUGAAGAAACACAUGAAGAUCCAUGAGAGACCAGAGAAAGCAUUUAAGUGCAAUGUGGAGGACUGUAUAAGUUCCUUCGACAGAGAACCUGAUCUGAAGAGGCACAUAAAGAGGUAUCACAUUGAAUUUUUGCAUCGAUGCACAUUCUGUUCAAAAGAGUACAAAACCAAGUCUCAUGUACAGGUCCACAUUCGGAGGGAUCAUUUGAAGGAAGACGCACCCCUGAAGUGCACACAAUGUGACUAUAAAUCCUGGUUUUCACACCUAUUCAGGGCUCAUCUUAAGCAUCACCAUCAAAUUGAUAUCGCUUCCAUGAAGAACUACAAAAAUGUUUUAUGUCCAGAAACUGAUCAGGAAAAUGAGUCCGAUAUCAUUUCUGUUAAUAACAGCAAAAGGAUUCCAUGUCAAGAAAUUGGCCAGGAUGCUUAACUUGUAGUGAAUUCUUAUAAAAUAAUACAUUAAUAAAUUCUUUAUUUUGUUUAUUUUUCAAUUUA